ACAGAAGGAGUCAUCAAUUUAGAAAGAAGCCUUGUGUUCCUGCAGGAUGUCUAUGAAGUGGAUUCCUGUUCUGCUGCUGCUACAGCUGAGUUUUCAGUUCAGCCCUGGGCAUUGUGGAAAGGUGCUCGUGUGGCCCACAGAAUACAGCCAUUGGAUGAAUAUGAAGAUAAUCCUGGAAGAACUGGUCCAGAGAGGUCAUGAAGUGAUUGUCCUGACAUCUACAGCUUCAAUUCUUGUUGAUCCCAAUAAACCAUCUGCUUUUAAAUUUGAGAUUUAUCCCACAUCCUCAACAAAAGAUGACUUUGAGAAUCUUUUCAUGAACCUGAUCUUCAAAAUGUCACAUCUGCCUAAAGAUACAUUUUGGACUUACUUUUCACUAAUUCAAGAAAUCUUUUUGGAAUGUAGUGAGUUUAUACUAAAGCUCUGUAAAGAUGCGGUUUUGAACAGGAAUCUUAUGACAAAACUACAAGAAUCAAGGUUUGAUGUCCUUCUUGCAGAUGCUGUGGGGCCCUGCGGUGAGCUGCUGGCUGAGCUACUUCAAGUACCUCUUGUGUACAGUCUCCGCUUCUAUCCUGGCUAUGUAGUUGAAAAGCGGAGCGGAGGACUUCCAUUCCCUCCAUCCUAUGUACCUAUUAUGAUCUCAGAAUUAAGUGAUCAAAUGACGUUCAUAGAGAGGGUAAAAAAUAUGGUGUAUGUGCUUUAUUUUGACUUCUGCUUUCAAAUGUUUUCUGAGAACUGGGAUCAGUUUUAUAGUGAAGUACUAGGAAGACCCACUAGAGUAUUUGAGUUAAUGGGGAAAGCUGAAAUAUGGCUCAUUCGAAACUAUUGGGAUUUUGAAUUUCCUCGCCCAUUCUUGCCACAUUUUGUAUUUAUUGGAGGACACCACUGCAAGCCUGCGAAACCUUUGCCUAAGGAAAUGGAACAGUUUGCCCAGAGCUCUGGAGAAGACGGUAUUGUGGUGUUUACGCUGGGGUCAAUGGUCACUAACCUGACAGAAGAAACUGCCAAUACGAUUGCAUCGGCCCUUGCCCAGAUUCCUCAAAAGGUUAUAUGGAGAUAUGAAGGCAAAAAACCAGAUACGUUAGGGCCAAACACUCGCCUUUAUAAGUGGAUCCCCCAGAAUGACCUUCUUGGUCAUCCAAAAACCAAAGCCUUUAUAACUCACGGUGGAGCCAACGGCGUCUAUGAGGCCAUCUACCACGGGAUCCCUAUGGUGGGCAUCCCUUUGUUUGCGGAUCAACCUGAUAACAUCGUUCGCAUGAAGACCAAGGGAGCAGCUGUCCGACUGGACAUCGACACAAUGUCUAGUGCAGACUUGCUCAAUGCACUGAGGACAGUCAUUAAUGACCCUUCGUAA